CGAUGUUAUUGACAUCGGCAUCGGUAUCGACAUUGUCAUCGACGCUUCACCAUCUCUAAUUUCUCUCUCUCUUUCUCUUUUCUGCGACCACGUUUCCGAUUCGACGUCAAAAUGAACGCGACCCUGCCGAUUUCCAAGAAACGCAAGUUCGUCUCCGAUGGCAUCUUCAAGGCCGAGCUGAACGAGUUCCUGACUCGCGAACUGGCCGAGGAUGGCUACUCCGGCGUGGAGGUGCGUGUGACCCCGUCCCGCACUGAGAUCAUCAUCAUGGCCACCAAGACCCAGCAGGUGCUCGGCGAGAAGGGCCGUCGCAUCCGGGAGCUGACCGCCAUGGUCCAGAAGCGCUUCAACUUCGAGACCGGCCGCAUCGAGCUGUACGCCGAGAAGGUGGCCACUCGCGGCCUGUGCGCCAUUGCCCAGGCCGAGUCGCUGAGGUACAAGCUCACCGGAGGACUGGCCGUCCGCCGUGCUUGCUACGGCGUGCUCCGCUUCAUCAUGGAGUCGGGCGCCAAGGGCUGCGAGGUCGUCGUGUCCGGCAAGCUGCGUGGUCAGCGUGCCAAGUCCAUGAAGUUUGUCGAUGGCCUGAUGAUCCACUCGGGAGAUCCGUGCAACGACUACGUGGAGACCGCCACCCGUCACGUGCUCCUGCGUCAGGGAGUGCUCGGCAUCAAGGUCAAGAUCAUGCUGCCCUACGACCCCAAGAACAAGAUCGGGCCCAAGAAGCCGCUGCCCGACAACGUGUCCGUCGUGGAGCCCAAGGAGGAGAAGAUCUACGAGACGCCCGAGACCGAGUACAAGAUCCCGCCGCCCAGCAAGCCACUGGACGACCUGUCCGAGGCGAAAGUUUUGUAAACCUAGUUUUACUGUUCAUCCAAUGAGCGACUAGCUGAAGGAGUUGCCCUUAAAUACAACAAAACGACAGAAACAAAAC